AUGUCAAGGUCAAACAUCCUGGAGCAGAUCCUCGGUGUCCUUAGAACAUCUAGUAUUGCAGAAGAACGCAGCAAUGAUGUCAAAUCAAAGUUCUGGGCGACUUACAAGAAAGUUUCGGAUGAGUACGAUGACGAUUUCCUCAAUCGAGCGCAUGGUGAUAUAGGCAUUAUCCUGACUUUUGCUGGUCUACUCUCAGCCGCCAUCUGCACAUUCAUCGGUGGAAUGCAGCCUGACUCGGGAGACACUACCAAUGCUCUCUUGGUGCAGUUAAUUCAAGUCACUGUUCAUGGAUCAAGUGCUGUACCUGACAUCAGCAAUCUAUCCUCGACUACACUCUAUCCUUCUUCAACCGCCUGGGCACAGACCCUUGCCUACAUUGCCCUAGCGCUUAGCAUCUUGGCUGCGUUCGGGGCAGUUGUGGGAAAGCAA